ACUCUCUCGAAUUACCCUUCCACCAGAAAAGCAAUACCCACACGGGCCACUCAGAACAUAUCGAUACAGAGAGAGGAGGAAGAAGAAUCGAGGAGAGAGAGAAGAUGAACGGAUUCGACAGAUUGACCACCAAGGGUGAUGACAUAGACAUAGAGGCGGGCACCCUAUACCCAGGUCUAAGCUACGGAGAGAACCAGCUCCGAUGGGGCUUCAUCCGCAAGGUCUACGGCAUAGUCGCGGCCCAGCUCGUUCUGACCACCAUCGUCUCCUUCGUCACCGUCCUCUACUCACCCAUCAACGACCUCCUCAGGGGAAACUCCGGCCUCCUCCUCUUCUUCUUGUUCCUUCCCCUCGUCUUGCUGUGGCCCAUGUACGUGUACCAGCGAAGGCAUCCACUGAACUUGAUUGUCCUUGGACUUUUUACCGUGUCCCUUAGUCUCACUGUUGGUGUUAGCUGUGCCAACACAGAUGGAAGAAUUGUUCUUGAAGCCUUAAUUUUGACAUCAGCCGUGGUGGCCUCCUUGACUGGCUAUGCUUUCUGGGCUGCUAAGAAGGGCAAGGACUUCAGUUAUCUCGGACCAAUCUUGUUCACUAGCCUCUUUACCCUCAUGUUGGCUGGCUUUCUCCAGAUGGUCUUCCCUCUGUGGUCCACCUCAGUUGCGAUUUAUGGUGGGAUCAGUGCCGUGAUUUUCUCAGGGUACAUAGUUUACGAUACUGAUAACCUGAUCAAGAGGUUCUCAUACGACGAGUACAUAUGGGCAUCUGUCACUCUGUAUCUCGAUAUUCUCAACCUGUUCCUUGCCAUUUUGAGGGUUCUUAGAAAUGCUGACAACUAGUUCAAUGGUGCACUUCCUCCAAGGGUAUUGCCUGGAUUGUUUUUUAUUUUUAUUUUUGGCUUUUCUGUAUCUGUGAUUGACUGCAAAGACCACUGCGGGUAGUACAUAUAUGUAUGGUUACUAACAACAAUGCUAUAUCGCUCCUUUGUCAGUCUAUAUUUCUGCUAAAUAGGCUUUUGGAAACAUUCGGCCUCAAAUAAAGUGUUCUAUCGCUGGUUUGUCUA